AGCAUUAGCAUUUCACCUACUAAAACAUUUUGUCGUUGAAUCGCAUAGCUUUAUUUGUUCGUUAACUGAAACCAACUUAUAAACGUCAUUGAAUUUGUUUUUGCAACAAUAUUUUCUACAUUUAUCAUAACAUAAAAACAAAAUUCACCUUCGAGUACUGACAUGUCUCGGUUCACAGGAACCAGCGUCUUUUGACGGAUCCAUCCUUCCUUUCUUUUCCAGCCAACUCUGAAGGAAUGAUGACGUUAGCCAAAACUAGCCGAGCAGCAUUUGUGUGAUCAUUUUCAUUGAUAACACAAUUUGGAAUUCGGUAUUUCGCUCGGAAAAAAAUGAACACACUGCUGUCUAAACCUCAAGGGAACGGACUCCUUUACGCUGGAUUCAACCAGGACCAUGGGUGCUUUGCCUGUGGAAUGGAGAACGGAUUUCGGGUUUACAACACCGAUCCGCUUAAAGAGAAGGAGAAACAAGAGUUCUUGGAGGGCGGUGUCGGCCACGUGGAGAUGCUCUUUAGGUGUAACUACUUGGCUCUCGUGGGGGGAGGAAAGAAACCCAAGUAUCCAACUAAUAAAGUAAUGAUCUGGGAUGACCUGAAGAAGAAGACGGUCAUUGAGAUCGAGUUCUCCACAGAGGUCAAAGCAGUGAAACUUCGGCGUGACAGAAUUGUGGUGGUCCUGGACUCCAUGAUCAAAGUGUUCACCUUUACCCAUAACCCCCAUCAGCUGCAUGUGUUCGAAACCUGCUACAACCCCAAAGGUUUGUGUGUACUGUGUCCCAAUAGCAACAACUCCCUUCUGGCCUUCCCUGGGACUCACUCAGGCCAUGUCCAGAUUGUGGAUCUCGCAAAUACAGAAAAGCCCCCAGUGGAUAUCCCUGCCCACGAGGGGGCGCUGUGCUGCAUCGCUUUGAACCUUCAAGGGACCAGGAUAGCAACUGCAUCAGAGAAAGGGACACUUAUCCGAAUUUUCGACACAUCGGCAGGUCAGCUUAUACAGGAGCUGAGACGAGGAUCUCAGACGGCCAACAUUUACUGCAUCAAUUUCAACCAAGACGCAUCCCUCAUAUGCGUUUCAAGUGACCAUGGCACAGUACACAUCUUUGCGGCCGAAGACGCGAAGAGGAAUAGGCAAUCGAGUUUGGCCUCCGCCAGCUUUCUUCCCAAAUACUUCAGCUCCAUGUGGAGCUUUUCCAAGUUCCAGUUGCCCUCGAGCUCCCCGUGUUUGUGUGCCUUCGGAACGGAGCCCAACGCUGUCAUAGCUAUUUGCGCUGAUGGCAGCUACUACAAGUUCCUGUACAACCAGAAAGGGGAGUGUUCCAGAGAUGUCUACGCCCAGUUCCUGGAGAUGACAGAUGACAAAAUAUGACCCUUGAAGGCACCAUUACCCAGCCCAGUUUAAUUUUUAUAACAUUUUUUUUCAUAUCUUUCAUUUUUGUCAUUAUACAGAAGGGACAAGCCGUCCCUCUGCUGCACUUCUCUUGAAAGACUGAAAAGCUGAAAGAGCAUCCUAGUUGUCUCUCGGUUGUCAAGGCGACAUGGACGCCAGACAUGAUGGAAGAGGUAUUUUGGGCAUCAGGUCCUUUUAAAGAUGUCUUCCGAUGACUUUCCAACGAAUGGCUAUUUUUUAAAGCGCAUACAUGAUGGUGAUUUUUGUCAAUUGACACCUAAUACUAGGGAGUGCCUCCGAGUGACUCGUCGUGCCACGUGACAUGACUGCAAAUGUAUCACCACGCGUGUUUGUGUGUGUUUGCUCGCUAAGCAGGGUCACAAAGAGCUUACUGCUGGGCUGUUCAUCAUUUAAAAUUGCAUCCCCACUCUGUGGACACAAGACUGAAUAUGAGCGUAAUCAUGUUUGCCUCGAGCUUUUUUUGUUUUUGGUUUUGUUUUAUAAAUUGUGCAAUAUUUUUUCCAUUUUGGAGGUAAUACAAGUUUUGCUAUAGCCAUAGCGCAGUCAUUAAUGCAAAAAAGCAGCAGCAGGGCUGAGAACGAAAAGUGGUAUAUGGUAUGCGGCAUUAUUUUUUGCCAUGUGGCUUUUUUUUUUUUUACGUGUAGCAUUUUUUUUUUGGUAUGUGGCCAAUGGGAUCUUGGUUUUUUUGGGGUAUAUGGCAUUUUUGCAGGCCAUGCAUGUCCAUGCCAUUGCCGGGUAUGCACGUCCAAAUUUUGUCAAAUGGCAAAAUCAAUUUUGCAACAUGGCAAAAAAAAGCCAGAUGGGAAAAUCCAUUUUGCAACAUGGCAAAAAAAUUUCACAUGGCAAAAUCCAUUUUGCUACAUGGCAAAAAAAAAUGCCACAUGCAAAAUCUAUUUUGUCACAUGGCAAAAAAAAAUGCCAAAUGGCAAAAUUAUUUUGCAACAUGGCACAAAAAUGCCAGAUGGCAAAAUCCAUUUUGCAACAUGGCAAAAAAAAUACCAAAUGGGAAAAUCCAUUUUGCAACAUGGCAAAUAAAAAAUGCCAGAUGGCAAAAUCCAUUUUGCCGCAUGGCAAAAAGUGCCACAUGGCAAAAUCCAUUUUUCCACAUGGCAAAUACCACUUUUGGUUCUCGCCCUCUCUCAAAAAUAAGCGUAAAGUUCCCCUGAAAGCUCUUCCUUCUAUUUCAAUUUUACAUUUAUAUGAGUAAAUUGUAUUUUGUCAGAAGUCAAGGCAAAAACUGUUACAGGAAAUGUUUACUCAUAAUCUGCUUGUUUGCCCUCUGUAAUGUCCAUGCAUACGUUUUUCUAACGCAUAUUUAAGAGUUGUUUUUGAUGACACUUGUUACGUGUCAGUACUUCCACCGGCCUAAUUUGCAGAAAUCUGCUUGAAGAGUUGUUUCGUUUGUAUUGUAUAGCUUUCCACGAGGUCCUUGACAGCAAUUUCACCAAAACAUUUCACUUGUGUUUCUUCACCAGAUUGUAUACUUGCACUGGGUUCCACCUCUCUAUCACUGAACAUUGAAGGGACGCUUUGCUUACAGUAUGAAAUUCAGUUCGAUUGUAAAAAAAAAAGACGAAAUCUGCAUUUACAUUUGGUUAUUAAACAGAACAGCUUUUA